AUGACACAUUAUUCCACUGGGAGCAAACAGUUGUAUCCACCCAAAGCACGGCAGGGCCGACCUCCAGAGCCUUCUCAUACUUCUGGUCCAAAAGGGCGACACAGAAGCGGUUCAAUGGAGUCAAGGACUUCAGCUCACUCCAAGCGCCGUUGUGAUGAUGAAUCAGAAAGAGAUGAAAGCUCCAGACAACCAAGAAAACCACGAGGGUCUCGGAGAUUCUAUGAGCGUGCCAAGCAUUCGCUCAAGUCAACUACCAAGAAGCAGCCUUCCAUGGACACUGUCGGAAAAGACCCUCAAGAUCUCAAUAAUGACUCUAUCAAUCGAUCUCGGAGCUCAUCGGAAAGGGUCAUAUUUGUUGAAUCUCAAGGAGCCAGGCUAGUCAGUGAACCAGGCCAACCUACCACGAUAGUCACCCUCAAUGGAGUCAAUGUACAUCAAGUACCUAGUGAUGGCCAAGCCCAACAGGCAACGUCCUUGCCUCCAGAAAAUGUUCCCGAUGACAUAUCCAAGCUAUCAAUUAGUGACUCUGAGAUGGAUGGCGUUUGCGGAGGUCAGAAUGAUCAGUUUAAUAACUCCAAGAAAUUCCUGCCUCCUCCUCCAGCUCAUGAAAUCCAGGCCAUGAUGGUACCUGAAGGAGAGAACAGUUUCUACUGGAAACGGCAAUACGAAGCGACGAUCAAAAAACAACGAGAAACUAUCAACGGGCUCAAGACCGAUAAUGUGGCCCUUUGCGAUCAAGUCCAGAGUCUGAACCAGACUAUUUCAUCCUUGCAGAAACGCGUCAGCGCAGCCGCCAGUAAGAAUGUGAACAUUCCGGUUCGCACGCCUCUCAAUCGGCCAGAAAGAGAACUCCUCAAAGACUGGGAGAACCUCGCAUUUGAAGUUAGAAACUUUGUUGGCUUUCACUUUGAAAAGGUGAGCACCAAUGAGCUCAAGGCUUGGGCAGAGCAAAAUGGAACAUGGCUUGGAGAAGUAAGCCAGACUUAUCAACAGGACGUCACUGGCAAACAGACAUCCUUUGCCAUGAUCGAGGCUGCCAUCUGGUAUAACCUCUCCAUGUUUGUAUUUGCGGAUACCAAGGGCAAUCGGCCGAUGCGCUGGGCGGGUAACUAUGAGAGGGUUCUGGGAAAACUAGGUGAGCAUGUCCCUUACUUCCUUGUGGCAAACCCUAGUAUUAAUAUAUCUAUAGUCGAUGAACUUCAGAAAGAACGCACAAAGAACAAUAAUGAACAGUUCAUUCCUAUGUUCCAUCAGUGGAAUACUCUGACGGCCAACAUGAUGGCAACCAUCCAAUCCGAUGAUUCUUACGCCCAACAGGUUAUUCAUCUAGUCAAGAGGUUCGAAGACCUGUUCGCCUCCUGUCGUCCCCGAAAGUCAAGAUCAGACUCUUAUCGAGUGGACUUGGAAGCGCUGGUUAGCAAGGCUAUCCAAAUAGACUUUUGGUUUUCUGGCCAGACCAGUCGGUAUCUCGUUGAUUGGCCCCAUGUUGGGCAGCAUAAUAUGGUAUUUGAUAAGGCAAAGAUGCGACAAGACGCGCGAAGUCCAGAAUCAUUUAGUGAUGUGAGAUUUAUGAUACAGCCUUGUCUUUUUGGAGUUAGUGGACAGGGCGAAGGAUAUGAUAGUCUCGUGGUUCUGGACAAAUCCGUGGUGUGGAUGUUUUAG